GUUCGCUCGAGGUGCGUGUUGGCCUUGCCAUGUUGUUAUUUUUCAAUGCAGCAGUGGCUUACCUGCUGUGCCCAUUUGGUUGCACAGAGCCAAUGCUAACGUUUCUUUCAGUAGUCUCAAGAAACUAAUUUACACAACAGACCGAAUCGACAGCGACGCGAGAGACAUUCAUAAUGGCAGAGGAAGACCAGAAUCAACUCGAGUGGGAUGCGAACGGGGGAGGAGAAUACUACAAUGAAGACGGUGAAGGUGAGGAGUAUGAGGAACAGGACAAUGAAAACGAGACUGAAGACGAGGAUGGCAACGACGUUCAAAUAGGAGAGGAAGUUGAACUGUCGCACACAGAAGUUUGGGACGACAGUGCGCUGAUCGAAGCAUGGGAUGCGGCUGUAAGGCAGUACGAGCAAUAUCAUAGCAAGACCGGCGCAAGAGAGAAGAUAGAAUCAUCAUCAACUCAGGCAAAGAGCAAGAACAAGGCAGAGCAGUUAGAAACACCAUCUGUGUCGCCGUUUAAACGCAUGAAGCUCGGUAACGGUGGCCCAACUAAUGCCCGCAACGGCAUCCCAGUAACAGCAGAGAAGGACAUGCUACAGGAAGAUUCUGCAGAGACCAAAUCGGAACAGGAGUCAUCAAACGGCCAGACACAGUCGAAUGGGACGUCCACACGAGACGCUGUUACAGAGCGGAAACCGAGCUUUAGAAAGGCGGACAAACCCAACUUCAAUCAUCACAAAAGUCGCCAGGUAGAGGGCGCUAAGAGAAGCAAUAUCAGCACCAGUACUAGCGCAUCUAACAGCACCCAACGGACCAAAGCCAAAGCUGAGACCCCUACAGCCGAAGCGGCCACACUUUCUGCUUAUCUCCCUGUUGAUGCCGCGACGAUAGCAUACUAUCAACAACUGGGCUACUACUAUGACCCUUCAUACGAAGCGACACAGGCAGCCAAAACAGGAGAUGGAAAACAAGAGCAGCAGGGACUGGAGUAUGGAGCCCCUAGGAGCAGUAGAGCACAGUCAUCCACGCCAAACGCGACAACAUCCAAAUCUAGUGCUCAUGCCAAAAAUAGACCGCCUGCUGGAUCUAGUUCAGGACCUGCUCCACAAUCUGCACCCUUCGGAUCUAGCGCUAUGCCGAUGUUUCCCCACCAUGCAUCUCAACAUGGAUACUACGCAGGGUAUCCACCCCAUAUACCCUUUGGAGCAGCAGCACAUGGAGGUUUCGCAAUACCAGGUCCAUCAGGUGCAACCUCACCAUGGGGAGUUGGUGUUGCACCGAUGCCUUUCGGACCAGGAUCAGGACCCGUCCCAGCUGGACGACAUUAUCCGCCACCACCGACGAUGCCGUUUCCUCUACCCCCGUUGCCAGGACAGUUAUCGGUCUCAGGAAUGGACGAUGAUUCGCUGAGUAAUUUGAUCAUGGCAUGGUACUUUUCAGGAUACUACACUGGACUCUACCAGGCACAGCGGCGGUAGGGAGCGUUGCCACAGGACAGCACAAGACGACACAACGCAAUAUAUCUUUCAUUGGUUGUCGCGCGGUUUUGGAGUGAGAUUGACAACAACACAAAACAAAUGAGAGAAUAAAAC